CGUGAAGUCACAUGACGCCAAGCACCGCCUCUGACAAGAGAACUGCGUCGCUUGCAGGGCUUUGCUGCGCAUUUUGACCCUUCUUCGUGUACAUAUUGUAUGCAUAGGACCAUGGCUAACAUCCCACGCGUCCAUUAUCAUGGUUGAGCUGCUAUCUGUAUAAUUUGGCUCGACCUGCCUCGGAGGGACACGCCCACUGUCGGACCGAUGGAAACCAGCAGCGCGUCCGUACCAAGAGCAACCAUUCAUGUCUCUGACGCUGCGAGACACCUAUGGGGCCAGUCGCUCGACGACCUGUCCGACUCCUUCCGUUCCGUCCCAUAUGCUGUGUAACCUUGCCUGGAGAAAAAUUCGUGUUGGCACCGGCUGGGACACCUUCACCAUAAGCUGAUGGUGCGUAUCGCGAGUGGGAGACAAGAAUCCAGGCUGUUCUGUGGCCAACAACACGGGCGGAAACCUGCUAUGCUGGCCUUUUCCCUACCAUCUUGAUUGGCGCAGUUUAUAACAGUCAGUGACACAAAUCGUCAGCAUGUCCAGUCAUAACGAUUCCUCCACUAUCUUCUUACUGAGCCCAGAAAACCUUCACUCUCCUCUCCACAGGUCAUAUUGGACCCCGUAUUGAGGAGGGCGAACAUUACCCCACCCUGGGAACUGUGUGCGCUGAGCUUAGGGGCCGUCAGCAUUCUGGACAGGUCCAGAUGUGUCGACUCCGUAUUGCUCUGUGUGGGUGCCCUGAUUGUCAUGCCACGCCUGCCGAGGUUAUCCGCGGUCCACGCCGGCUUUACUGUCCUCAUCCACUCCACCACUGACGGCACCGUAUCUCCAGCCCUCCACGAUAUCCUAAAGCCGUAGUCCUCCACUAAAAUCUCCGGGACCACCUCCACGAAUGCCCUUUUUUCGACGUACCACCGGUUUAAUCCGCGAUCAACAGGGAUGCAAUUCGCCGGCGACGGUUCCGAAGUUCGAAAUAGGCCACAACGCGAUUGCAGCUUCCUCGUAUCUUGCUGAUCUGAAAGGAUCUGCCUAAUAGUUCGUACCAGCUGUCGAGAUCUCAAGGGAGAUAACGAGUUGCUAUAAGACGGCCCACGUCUCCCUUGGGCUGAUAUUCUCUCUCGUUUCUUGUCUCCGAGUCUGACACAGCGUUGAAUCAGCCUUCCCAUCCUUCUGAUUCUCAGCCACCUCUUCUGUCACCAGAUCUGAACAAAAAGCCUCGAAGCGACGAACAAUAAUUGUCCGAAACGGGACUAUACUUCCGACCCGUGACCUCCGCACAGCCGAGGCCAACACCAACAAUCACAUCACCGGGUCCUUGCGUCACUUUUGGGACAAAGCACAAAAUCUACAUAAAGGACUGUCCAAGCGUCCUUUGUUCAAAGAGACUCCUGUACCCAACUUCAACGAUCUGAUACCAUCUACCCUUUCUCUUCCAUCAUUCAAAUAUCAGACCUUGACAUCACCGUCGCCAAUCGACUCUCUCAAGUUCAGCCGAUCGCCAGUACAAGUACCAUUCUCACCGGACACCGUUCAACGAUACUCAUUACCACUCUUUUCCACAUCCCACCAAAAUCAAAAUGGCCGGCUCAGUCAAAGUCAACACCAACAACUUCCUCACCCUCAUUCCCACCGCCCACCGUGUGGCAACUAUUUCGGACUUGCAGACCUCCGAUACCAACGCCGUAGUUGGUGAAGAAUCAGCAAUCAUUCCCAGCAUUCAGAAAACCCGCCGCUCCAGCUCGACAGCCACGGCCGACUCCAACACCGCUGCCGAAGAACCUUCCCUUACUCAAGUCAACUCAAGCAGCCCGGUCGUCGAAGCACCCGUCACGGACGUCAGUGUCCGCAAGUUUCUAAAACUAGGCAACUGAAGCAACGCACCACACCGCAUCGCAUCAACGGCCGACUUACGUUUUCUCUUAUUGUCAAGAACUAGAUCCUUCUGGAUCGUUCUGUGUUACCAUUACCGCCUUUUUAUUACCGCGACUAGUCACGAAUUUUGCGUUUAUGCUGGAGUUGGUCUCUGCCCCGCCACGAAAGGGCUAGGUGAUAUGUCGCAUGGCUAUCACGACAUGGGUUUUGUCAUUGUUGAUGGUCGAAUCCUAUGAUGGAUGGGAGACCGUAUGUAUUUUUUGGAAGAGCAGAACACCGGUUCAAGUUCAAGUCCAGGGCAGGCCGCCAGGUCAAGCCUGAUGGAAUUAGAUAUAGGGCAUCAUGAAAGGCUGGUGUCGCCUUCAUGGCGAUCGCCUCCGCACCCGUCUCGGGUAUGCUUAGGCAGGUUACGGUUGCAGAAAAUAAAACUUCUAUGCCGCUGGUA